AUGCAGGGUGGCAGCAGUGGGGCUACACCUGCCUUUGAAGACUCCCGACCCAAGAACGAGGACAACCAUGAGCUGGAGGAGCUGCUUGGGUUCCCUCUCAUCAAGGAGGGCACGCGGCUGGGCUGGCUCAUGAAUCUGAACUCUACCACCCUGGAAGAGAAGGAGUCUGGGAACACAGUGGCGGCCGUUAACUGCUAUUUCAUGAGCCAGGACGGGUCCAUGUUCAAGGCUCAAGUCCCCUUCUCGCCAUACUUUUACCUCCAGAUCAAGGGUGACAUGGAGGCUGAGGUGGACGCCUACCUGCGCCGCAAGUACACCACGGCCAUCCGCGAUGUGGAGACCGUGUUCCGAGAGGACCUGGACCUGAAGAACCACCUGUCGGGCCUCAAGCGCAAGCUGCUGCUGGUGAGCUUCUGGACGGUGCAGCAGCUGAUGGACGUGAAGCGCGACCUGAUGCCGGCCCUGCGCCGCAACCGCUCCAAGGCCGCCACCACCGACGCCUACUCCGCCUUUGCGCAGGACGCCCAGAAACCUGGCGCCAACCGCCUGCAGGAUGCUCUGGAUGCGCUGGUGGACAUGCGCGAGUACGAUGUUCCCUACCACAUGCGCUUCCAGAUCGACACUGAUGUGCGCUGCGGGCUCUGGUAUGAUGUGCGGGCCAAGGGCGGCAAAGUGAGCCUGGAGCCGCGGCCCGACCUGCUGCAGAGAGCAGAACCGCGCAUCUGCGCAUUCGAUAUCGAGACCACCAAGCUGCCCCUGCAGUUCCCCAAUGCCGAGUAUGACCAGGUGUUCAUGAUCUCGUACAUGAUCGACAAGCAGGGCUACCUCAUCAUUAACAGGGAGGUGGUGGGAGGAGACAUCGAGAACUUUGAGUACACGCCCAAGCCCGAAUUCGAAGGGCCCUUCGUGGUGUGGAAUGAGGCGAACGAGGAGGCCACGCUGCGGCGCUGGUUUGACCACAUGCGCCAGGUGAAGCCGGCAGUCUACGUGACCUACAACGGCGACUUUUUCGACUGGCCUUUCAUCGAGACGCGCGCCGCCAAGCUUGGCAUGGACAUGCACGAGGAGAUCGGUUUCAAGAUGAACUCCAAGACGCACGAGUCUGCGGUGCACAUGGACUGCAUGCACUGGGCAGUGACGCGCGCCAAGCUGGGCUACAACCCGAUCGAGGUGGAUCCCGAGGACAUGCUGCGCUUCGCGGCGGAGCAGCCGCAGACGAUGGCGUCCUACUCUGUCUCUGACGCCGUUGCCACCUUCUACCUCUACAUGACCUACAUCCACCCCUUCAUCUUCUCUUUGUCCACCAUCAUCCCCAUGCCUCCAGACGAGGUCUUGCGCAAGGGCUCCGGCACGCUCUGCGAAAUGCUGCUCAUGGUGCAGGCCUUUCAGGCGAACGUGGUGGCGCCCAACAAGCACACGCAGGUGCAGGAGCCCAUGUUCCGGGGGCACCUGCUGGAGAGCGAGACCUACAUCGGCGGCAAGGAGCUGAUAGAUAGCCUGGACACCGACCUGCGCUACGCGAUCGAGGUGGAGGGAAAGUUGGCAAUGGACGACGUGGAAAAUUACGAGGAGGUGCGCGACGCGAUCCGCGCAUCACUGGAAGGACUGCGCGAUACGCCCAACCGCGAGGAGUGCCCGCUGAUCUACCACUUGGACGUCGCCGCCAUGUACCCCAACAUCAUCCUCACCAACCGGCUGCAGCCAUCGGCGAUCGUGACGGACGAGGACUGCGCGGCGUGCGACUUCAACCGGCCGGGCAAGACGUGCCUGCGCAAGAUGACGUGGGAGUGGCGCGGCGAGACCUUCUCGGCCACCAGCGCGGAGUACUUCUCCAUCAAGAACCAGCUGGAGAGCGAGAGGUUCGCCCCCGAGACCGAGGGCGGCCCCCCGCGCUACUACGGGCAGCUGCCCCACGAGGAGCGCGCCAAGCUGCUCAAGGAGCGCCUCAAAAAGUACUGCCAGCGGGUCUACAAGCGCGUGCUGGACAAGCCGGUGACGGAGGCGCGCGAGGCGGGGGUGUGCAUGCGCGAGAAUGAUUUCUACGUCGGCACCGUGCUCUCCUUCCGCGAUCGCCGCUACGAGUACAAGGGCCUCAAUAAGACCUGGAAGGGCAAGCUCGACGCAGCCAAGGCGGAGGGCAACCCGAUAAGGGUCCAGGAGGCGGCGGACAUGGUGGUGCUGUACGACAGCCUGCAGCUGGCGCACAAGUGCAUCCUCAACUCCUUCUACGGCUACGUCAUGCGCCGCGGCGCGCGCUGGUACUCCAUGGAAAUGGCCGGCGUCGUUACCUACACCGGAGCGCGCAUUAUCCAGAGGGCGGCUGAGCUGGUGCGCAAGAUUGGGACGCGGCUGGAGCUGGACACGGACGGCAUCUGGUGCGCGCUGCCGGGCUCCUUCCCCGAGAACUUCAAGUUGAAGAGCCGCAAGGGGAAGGACCUGCGCAUCAGCUACCCGUGCGUGGUGCUGAACGUGAUGGUGGCCCAGCACAACACGAACGACCAGUACCAGACGCUGCUGGAGGGUGACUCCAAGCACUACGAGACCUCCUCCCGCAUGUCCAUCGAGUUCGAGGUCGAUGGGCCCUACAAGGCCAUGAUCCUGCCGGCCAGCAAGGAGGAGGGGAAGCUAAUCAAGAAGCGGUACGCGGUGUUUAACCCCGACGGAACCCUGGCUGAGCUCAAGGGGUUUGAGCUCAAGCGCCGCGGAGAACUCAAGCUCAUCAAGGUCUUCCAGUCCGAGGUUUUUGAGCAGUUUUUGGCGGGAGACACACUGGAGGAGUGCUAUGCGGCAGUGGCGGCCGUCGCUGACCGAUGGCUCGAUCUCCUGGACACCCAGGGCACGGAUGUGACAGAUGAGGAGCUGCUGGAGUACAUCUCAGAGUCCUCCACCAUGUCGAAAGCCAUGGACGAGUACGAGGGGCGCAAGAGCUGCGCAAUAACAACAGCCAAGCGGCUGGCGCAGUUCCUGGGCGACGAGCGCAUCAAGGACAAGGGGCUGAACUGCAAUUACGUCAUCGCGAAGCGCCCCGAGAACCAGCCGACCUCCGAGCGCGCGAUCCCGGUGGCCAUCUUUUCCACGGAGCCCUCCGUCGCGCGCUCCUUCCUGCGCCGCUGGUGCGGCCACCUGUCCUCAGGCCGCGGCGCGGACGAGGUGCCGGACGUGCGGGCGAUAGUGGACUGGGACUACUACCGCGAGCGCCUAGGCAGCGCCAUCCAGAAAAUCAUCACCAUCCCAGCCGCCAUGCAGCGCGUUCCCAACCCCGUCCCACGCGUCAAACAUCCCGACUGGCUCCACAAGAAGGUGAGGGAGAAGGAGGACAGGCACCAGCAGCAGAAGAUGGACGGCUUCCUGCGGCCACGCGCAGCGCUCGAGGCAGCGGCCAGCCCCUCCGCUGCAGAUGUCGACAUGGAGGACAUGGGAGUGGCGAGGCCGGCGGCGGGGGCCUCGGGGCAAAGGGUGGCGAAGGCGACGACGGUGCAGCGGCGGCCGGAGGCGGACCGGGAGAACCGGGGCGACGCACGGAACCGGCCGGCCGGCACCAGCGGCGCUGCGGAUGACGAGGAAGAGGAGGAAGACCUGGGGCCCUGCCCAAACAGGAAGGAGGACCCGGUGGGAUGGCUGCGGCACCAGAAGCGGCGCUGGCGGACGGCAGCGGCCGCGCGCAAGAAGCGGCGCAUCGACACGGCCCGCGAGCGCGACCGCGGGCAGGGCAGCAACCCGCAGCCCGCGCCUAGAGGGGUGUUCAAGGCGUGGGUGCUGGUGGGCGCGCGGCUGUACGCUGUGCCGCUGCGGGUGCCUCGCACCUUCUACGUCAACUCCACGCGUGUGCCAACCGACGCUGACUCACCCGCACAGACGCUCGGUGGGCUCAAGGUGCAGCGCUCGCUGCCCUUCGGCCGCGAGCCCUUCCACCUCUACCAGGUGACGAUGGCGGAGGACGAGUUCCGGCGGCGGGAUGCGGAAAUCGCGGUGGUGCUCUCGCAGCCGCAUGUGCGCGACGUGUGGGAGGAGCGGCUGCCGCUUGCGCUCGACGCCGCGCUGUCGGUCGGCUGCGUCGCGUCCGUCGCGCCCGCCGUGCGCUCCCGGCCGCUCUCCGACGGCUUCGACCUCACUGACCUGCAGGCACGCGGCACCAAGACGACGACGGAGUGCAGCUACCUGGAGGCGCAGGCGCCAGAUGGCGGCAGCCUGCUGCGCCACGUCGCGCUGUACACGUCGCAGGACACCGCCCGCGGCCGCGCCGUCUACGGACUGCACCUGCCGCCAACAAAGAAGUGCCUGCUGGUGGUGGUCAACCCGGCGGCAGGUGCAGGCAGCCGCGAGGUGAGCGUCCCGGCAACCAAGCGCCACUGGCGCGAGGCGCACGUCUCGGGGCCGGCCGCUCCUGACGAAGGCGCCGGCGGUGCCUCGCAGCCGAUCGAAAUCCCGGAGGUCGAGUUUGAGAUUGCCUACGUCCGCACGACUGCCGAAGCCGCCCGCGCCGUGCAGAACGCGCUUCUGCAGCUGCGGGAGCGGCAUCGAGGGCCGCUGAUGGUGGUGGCCGAAGCGCCCGGCGGCACCGCAAGGCUGACACGUGACAUGCCUCUGCUGGCAGAGUUCCCCACGUGCCAGGUGCCGGCGCACAGCGCGGACGGCGCGUACCCGUCGCUUGGGUGGCAGCCCAAGGCAGCGCGCACCGCCGUCAUGCGCCUGGCUGGAGCAGCGCUCUGGUUCCAGGACCGGAUCGAGCUGGCGCGGUAUGCGCACCUGCCGCUGGGCAACUUGGGGGGUGACUGGAUGCUGGACGUGGCGGACGCGCACCUGGCGCGCUGCCUGCGCGACGCGGGGCACCUGCUCUGGAUCUCCGACCCGGCCCUGCCCGACGUGGCCGGCCGCGCCGACGACGACGCCGAAGAGGACGCCCUGAUCUCCGAGCCAGCGCCCCUCGAGGUGGUGGCCCCGGGCGCGCACCGGAGCGUGUGCGUGCAGCUGAAGCUGUACCAUCUGGCGGUGGCGGCCGUGGAAAAGUUCAGCGACGCGCUGCUGACAAAUCUGUGGCGCUGGCUGUGCAGCCCUGCGGCCGCGCUGGCCUGCUCGGGGCUGCAGCGCACCGUAAUGGGCCUCAUGCGCAAGACGCUGGCGCAACUAGUCGCCGACCUCAAGCGCCUGGGCGCGCGUGUCGUGGCGGCCGACGCGCACUCGCUCAUCCUCGCCACCGGCAAACACAACCUCACCGCCGCCGUCGGGUACGUGGACUACUUGUUGGAUGCUGUGGGCAAGCGCGACCUAUUCUCACUGCUCAAGAUGGACCCGGAGCGCUUCUGGCACUCGCUGCUUUUCCGCGACCGCUACAACUACCUCGGAAUAUUAGCGGACAUCCCCGCGCAGCUGCAGGAAUCGCUGACUAAUCACCCCGGCGCGCUCACACAGGGGGGCGCGGCCGAGCUGCAUGUGCCGGAGCCAGAUGAGGACGCACUCGAGUCCCCGGCCCUUGACUACAUCUGGACCAUCAAGGACUAUUUGCCGCCCAAGGCGGUGACCGAGGCGAGGGGCGCGGCGGCUGCGCAGGAGGCGUGGCUGAAGGCGAAUAUGGCGGCGCAUUUCAGCCGCAAGCUGCUGGGCGUGGAGGACUUGGGCACUCCGGCGCUGGCGUUUGUGCGGGCGGUGUGCGACGCACUGCGGCUAGACGCAUCAAUCGAGGAGGAGGUGCUUGUGCUGCGCCGCAACCUGCUGCUGCUCACGCACACGCUCGAAUUCGCGCCGGCCGCCGAGUUUCAGGAACCGUGUCGGUCGUUCGUGCUGCGCAACGAGCACCAGUGGAGUUGCCGCAACUGCGGAUGCGCGUAUGAGCUGGCGACGGUCGAGGCGCAGCUUUUACGGGCUGUGCGUUUGCGCGCUCGGGCCUAUCAGCUGCAGGACCUUCGCUGCCUCAAGUGCCGCCAGGUGCUGCGGGGCCACCUGCGACGCAACUGCGACCAGUGCGGCGGCGCGCUUGCGAAUACGGAACCGGCGGCCGCGUUUACGGAGGCGCUGACUGUGUUCCGGAAUGUGGCGACAUACCACGGGUUCCAGCUGCUGCAGGAUGCCACUGAGUGGCUGCUGCAGAUGCCCUCUGCCGCGCACUAG